AGUAAAUGACGUUUGGUAAAUUAAUUGGUAAUGAUCUCAUGACAUCUCUGCCCACCCUUUCUUCUCCUUCUUCUUGAGAGUUGAGAAUCAAAGCCAACAAGUGGAAGCCCACUCUCACUCAUUUCUAUGGUUUUCAAACUCUCAUACUUCUUUCUCCAGAUUCUUUUGAAUUCAUUGUCUCUUCAAUCUGUAGAGCAUUGGAUCUCUCUCCAUUUUCCCUACUUCCUUCAGGAAAAUGAAAUCUAUCUUUGCUGUUAGAGAAAUCUGGGGAAAACCAUCUUGCUUCUUUGAUUGAAUGUUGUAAUCUUUCUAUUUACUGCAGUGCUAGCGAGGGAUUCAAGUUAAAGAUAUGAUUCGUGCAUUGAACUCAAUGGGCCAUAGAAAAAGAUGUUUUGCAGUAAAAAAGUUGAAACUGAACAACCUAAAGGUUUGAUGGUGUUGGUGUAUAUCAGGAUGACCUAGUUAAGUAGUUAUUUGACUUGACAAAUGAAGAUUUAACCAAUUGCUCGAGGUGCUGAGUCCCUUUCAAGUUGUUUCUCUUUGUUGCCGGUGUGAUGGGUUCGCUCAAACAUAACUCUGAAAUUGUUGAAUCAAAGGAGGCAAUUCGGCCAUCUCAGAAGUCUUGGUAUGGAAGAGCGGGUGAAAGAGAUGGGAAGCCGCCUGUGCUGAAAAAAGCACCCAAUAAGUAUUUGGAAGAUGAUAUCAACCGGCUAUUUGAGGCAAUAAAUUUUCGAACAUCAAAGAGUUUGGAUUUGUCAGACAGAGUAAGAAGAGAUGCCUCGAAAAGGCCAAUGAGGGGCAGUGGACCUAAUUCACCUGGAAUAGGAUUCUCUGAGCCCGUCUCUCUAAAACAGGCACUCCGGGGAUUAUGCAUUUCUCAGGCUGCAGAAAUGGCCGCAAUGAAAAGAUUAUCUAAGCUCCCCGGUUCUCCCAGUGAAUCAGAAGCAGGAAGGUUUACAACCUCGUGUAGGUCUGUUGCUGAUACUAGUGAAGAAAGAGGGGAAAUAUCUCUAACGCCCGACGAGGGCUCUUCGAGAUUCUCUUCUAAGGUGCCUCUCCACCUUCAAGCAUCCAGCUCGAGGCCAUUAAGCCGUAGUGCUCAGUCUUCUCCAAGAUAUUACAUCAGAUCAGCCGCUAAGAGUGCACUGUCCACUGCAUGCCCGAAUAAUAAAAUAGUGCCUGCUGAAAGCACUUCCAGUGCUUCGGAGAAGUUGCCUCAAUGUCAUCAAGAGUCCAAGCAUAAGUCACCCAGCCAAAAUGUCCUUUCUUCUCCUCGAUUGUUGGGCAAAGCGAUUUCUAAGAUUGCAGUUGGUGUCAUUCCACAAGACGAGAAAAUAGUUCCAGAAGAAAGCAUUUCAGGCUCAUUUGAUAUGCCUCAGCAAACUCAAGAGCCCAAGAUAAAGUCCCCGAGCCAAGCUGCUGCUCCCACUUUGUUUGUGGAUAAAGCAAUUUCAAAUGACGCACAGUCCACUUUCUGUCAGAAUGAGAGAAUCGGGCAUGUAGAAAUGAGUUCAAGCUCAUCAGAGAAAGCAUCCAAGCACCCUCAAGGUCCCCAGAAAAAGCCUCCGAACCAAAGAAACAUUUCCUCCCCUAGAUCUGUUAAUAAACCGGUUAUCAAGAGUACAGAGUCCAAUAUAGUGCAAUCUGAGAUUUCAACUGCAUCAGCCCCACUUGCCGUUCAGCCAGUUGAAGUCCAAGAUGAAGCAGAACAUCAAACUUCAGUUCCUCCAAGAAAGGUGACAAGCAAUCCAUCUAGAAUUGGUGGCACAUCAAUUAAAGUUCAUAAAGCAACACCUAAACUAAGACGGAAAGGUAUACCUUUAUCCAGUACAGUAAAGAGCAGCAAGGAUUUCAGGUCAACAAGAAGCUCAUCUCGUGCUCUAAAACCAACUACCCGGAUCAGAAAAAUCCCCAAAACAAAACCAAACCAGCAAACUACACAAGUCUCGGGCAAUUCCAAUCUCUCUUGUGAAAAUGAUGGUGUUCCAGACAAUGCUGGCAAAGUUAUCUGCCAGAGAUGUCAGUGUGCAUUGAAGGAUGUGAGAGACGAGCCUAGCAAGAAGCUUGCAACCCCAGUUCCUUUGUAUGUCCCUAGUGAAGUAAAUACUUGUUCUGGUGAGCCUGGUUUCAUCGUGAACCCUGUUCCAAAAUUGAACAAGUACUCAAAAUCAAUAUUAGGGGACUUUUCUCAAAGCUCAAAGAGUAGCAUUGGUGACUACAGUAGUAGCACUACCAUCAGCGAAGAGAGCAAUAUAAGCGGGUUAAGUUAUGGUACCAGACCACACAUGUCUAAGGAUACAAGAUGGGAGGCUAUAAACCAGGUGAGGAAGCAGCAUGGCUUCUUAGGUUUGGGUCAUUUCAAUCUAUUGAAGAAGCUUGGUUGUGGAGACAUUGGUACUGUCUAUCUUGCCGAGCUGAUAGGAACAACUUGUUCGUUUGCAAUAAAGGUUAUGGAUAAUGAAUUUUUGGCCAGAAGGAAGAAGACACCGAGAGCACAAACAGAAAGAGAGAUCUUAAGAAUACUGGACCAUCCUUUUCUCCCUACAUUGUAUGCACAGUUUACAUCAGAUAAUUUAUCCUGUUUAGUUAUGGAGUUCUGUCCAGGUGGCGAUCUGCACGUGCUCCGUCAAAGGCAGCCUGGAAGAUAUUUUCCUGAACCCGCAGCAAGGUUUUAUGUUGCUGAAGUCCUCCUUGCUCUGGAGUAUUUGCACAUGCUAGGAGUUGUGUACCGUGAUUUGAAGCCCGAAAACAUUAUGGUACGCGGAGAUGGUCACAUAAUGCUCACCGAUUUUGAUCUGUCACUGAGAUGUUCUGUUAACCCAACUCUUCUAAAAUCAUCAUUGCCACUGGAGCCUGCUAGGAUGUCUGGUCCAUGUGCAGGGUCCAAAUGCAUUGAUCCUUUUUGUGCCGAACCCUCGUGUAAAGUUUCGUGCUUUACUCCUAUGAACUUUCCCCCCACCACAAGAGCAGGAAAGCCAAAAACCGAACCUUUAUCAUCAUCAUUCAACAAGUCCUUGCCACAACUAGUAGUCGAGCCAACGGAGGCCAGGUCUAACUCAUUUGUUGGCACACACGAGUAUUUGGCUCCCGAGAUCAUCAAAGGAGACGGGCAUGGGAGCGCUGUGGAUUGGUGGACACUCGGAGUUUUUCUUUACGAGCUUCUCUAUGGUCGAACGCCUUUUAAAGGUGCUGGGAAUGAGCAAACUCUGACCAAUGUGGUGCUCCAGACCCUCAGAUUUCCCGAAAGCCCUAUCAUCAGUUUCCAGGCUCGAGAUUUGAUCAGAGGGCUCCUUGUAAAGGAUCCCGAGAAUCGAUUAGGAUCAAAAACUGGAGCAGCUGAGAUCAAGCGCCACCCGUUCUUCGAGGGCCUGAACUGGGCACUCAUACGGUGUGCCAUUCCACCUAUAGUGCCCGAAUUCUGCGACAUUGAAGCUGCAAAUAGUGCUUUCUUGCAACAGAAGAGCAAGAAAAAGUACAGAGAGUAUGGUUCCACGGAAGGGCACCUAGAAUUCGAGUUGUUCUAGCAAUAACGCAUGCUGGUAAGGAAUAUUGCUGUCUGGUUAAGUAGCACUCUGUACCUUAGUAUUCCCAGGUUUAUAGUUACAAAAUUUAUUUCUAUAAUGUAUAUGCUUAGAACACAAAUCUUCAGUUCAAUACCAGGAAGUCAUUCCAUCAAUGAGAAUUUUGUUCCAUCAUGUCGGAACAUAGAAAGUAAUAUUAUUGCUUAAAUGAAAAAUAAUAAGAGACUUUUAAUUUAAUAA